UGAAAGGAUGGCGGCCAAUGGGAUGGCUAACUUCGAGUAUAUAUUUGGAAACGAUACACACCUGAAUUACCGUAAAGUCUAGACAGUCCUUAUUUCUGAUUCACUGAUAACCCACGGCGCAAUCUGCGUGAAUUUGAAUUCGUCCGCAAUGUCUGAAUUUUCUUUUUUCCUGCUGGUGCUGCUGGCUGCUGUCACGGGCUCUCUGGCGAGAGGCCCCGCUGGACAAGCGAGGAAGCCCGAGCCCGAGAAAGAACCUGCAAAGCAGAAGAAAUAUCCUAUCACUCUAUCUAGAGGAUGGGCCGAUGAGGUUAAUUGGGUUCAGACCUACAAAGAAGGGCUGUUCAAGGCGAGAAAAAGCAACCGACCUUUAAUGGUGAUCCAUCACUUGGAAGAAUGCCAGUACUCUCAGAAAUUGAAGAAGGCAUUUGCUGCGAGUAAAGAAAUUCAGAAAAUGGCAAAAGAGGACUUUGUUAUGCUUAACCUUGUGUUUGAGACAGAAGAUGAAAACCUGUGGCCUGAUGGUCAGUAUGUUCCCAGAAUCAUUUUUGUAGAUCCCUCUUUAACAGUGAGAGCAGAUAUCAGAGGAAGAUAUGAAAAUCGAAAAUACACCUAUGAGGAUGGUGACAUUGAUCUCUUGAUAGAAAACAUGAAAGCAGCCAAAAAUCUACUGAAGCAGGAAUUGUAAGGAAUUGAAGUUGUCUAACUACCAAUUAAGCUUUAACUCCAUUAUCUGCUCAUACAUUAAAACCACGAUGAGUUCAUUGUGCAGAGCUAAUGUGAUAUAAUGUAUUAAUGUGUGCAGAAAUGGUGUAAAUAUUGUUCUCUCAAUAUUAGGUAUUUCAAUGUAAGAGACUAAAUCUUUUGAUAUAUACUCUGUAUAUGUGAUCAGCUUCUGUAACGUUUUUAAAAAAAAAACAUGAACUCCCCUUGAGUUACAAUAAAACUUUGAACAGUA